AUGAGCCUCAACAGAUCCCAGGAGGAGAGCCCACAGGUAGUUAAGAGAGAAGAGGGUGAAAGCCACAGUGAGAAGAGGGGUGGGGUCAAAGAUGCUUUCAAAGACAUUUCCAUAUACUUCUCCAAGGAAGAAUGGGCAGAGAUGGGAGACUGGGAGAAAAUCCGCUAUAGGAAUGUGAAAAGGAACUAUAAUGUGCUGAUUGAUAUAGGUCUCAGAGCCCCUCGACCAGCUUUCAUGUGUCACCGAAGACAGGCCACCAAAUACCAGGUGGAUGACGCUGAGGAUUCCGAUGAAGAAUGGACACCUAGGCAACAAGUCAAACACCCUUGGAUGGCCUUCAGAAUGGAACAGAGUAAACGCCAGAAGGGAAUGCGCAGGGCACCAUUAAGUCAUGAAUCUAGUUUGAAGGAAUUGUCAGGACCAGCAAGUUCACCAAACAUUAGUGGCUCAGAGCAGCACCAGAAACAUGUGUCUCCUCCCAGAGAAGCAAGUACCUUUGGACAGCACUCUAGACGAAAAUCAGAUCUCAGGAUAAAGGAGAUUGAAGUGAGGAUGUAUAGCCUGCGAGAAAGAAAGGGCUAUGCCUACAAAGAGGUCAGCGAGCCUCAGGAUGAUGACUAUCUCUAUUGUGAGAAGUGUAAGAACUUCUUCAUUGACAACUGUUCUGUUCAUGGGCCCCCUAUAUUUGUAAAGGACACUGUAGUGGACAAGGGGCAUCCCAACCGCUCAGUCCUCAGCCUUCCCUCUGGGCUGGGAAUUAGAACAUCAGGCAUCCCUCAGGCUGGGUUUGGAGUAUGGAAUGAAGCAUCUGAUCUACAACUGGGGCUGCACUUUGGCCCUUAUGAGGGCCAGGUCACAGAGGACGACGAGGCAGCCAACAGUGGAUACUCCUGGCUGAUCACCAAGGGAAGAAACUGCUAUGAGUAUGUGGAUGGGAAGGAUGAAUCUCAGGGCAAUUGGAUGAGGUAUGUGAACUGUGCCCGAGAUGAAGAGGAGCAGAACCUGGUGGCCUUCCAAUACCACAGGCAGAUCUUCUAUCGGACCUGCCGGGUCAUCAGGCCAGGCUGGAACUGCUGGUCUGGUAUGGGGAUGAGUAUGGCCAGGAACUGGGCAUCAAGUGGGGCAGCAAGUGGAAGAAAGAGCUCACGGCGGGGCAAGAACCAAAGCCAGAGAUUCAUCCAUGUCCAUCAUGUUUUCUGGCUUUCUCUACUCAGAAAUUCCUCAGUCAACAUAUAGAACGCACCCACUCCUCUCAGAUCUCCCCGGGAACAUCUGGAAGAAAAUACCUCCAACCAGAAACUCUCUGCCCCAGGGAUGAGAAUCAGGAGCAGCAACAUUCUGAUCCAAACUGCAAGAAUGACAAAACCAAAGGUCAAGAAGUCAAAGAAAUGUCAAAACCCUCUCACAAAAAGACACAGCAGAGCAGGAUUUCCAGGAUAUUUUCCUGCCCACCUAAAGGACAAAUGGGGAGCUCUCGGGAGAGUGAAAGAAUGA